CGAUACUCUGAUGCAAGUUCCAAAAGGUAAAUAAAGAACAUCCCCACCCACCAAAUUCCAAAAGAUACAACAACACAACACAACACAACACAACUCCUCUAAAUUCCACUUCCGGCCGCCACCACCGUCACCGUUCUUCCAUGGGUGCUACUGAAAUACCAGUGGAGGAGAGGGAAAUGGAAAGAAGGAAUGAGGAGGAGAGAGGGGAAAAUUGGAGGAAAUUACCAGAAGAGAAGAGAAUGGAAGAUCUAGAGAAAGGGGAAAAAGUAGGUGUAUUACCAGAACAAGUGAUGGAGAGGGAUAUUAAAACUACUAAUAAUGAAGGUGAUUUACACGUUUCAAUGUUGCAUAGAUUGAAUCCAACAAACCCUUUGAGAAUCAUUCUCAAUGGUGGAGCUAGAGUAGCCACUCCUUCUCCUCAGCCCUCCUCCGGUGGCCCUUCCGACCAUCACCAUCAUCAGCAUCGUCAGGCCCCUGUUCCUCUCUCUGUUUCGACUCCACAGCAACCUGCAGUGAUUAAUCUGAAUUCAAAAGCAUAUACAGAUAAAGUGAGCCUGUUUCUGUUUGUUAUGCACUUGGUUUUGGCUGUUGGGUUGGUUUGUUUCCUUGUUUUCAAAGGGAUUCAAGGGCUGUUAUAUGCAUCAGACUCUAUAAAGAGAAAAGAGAAGAGGGUUCUUCAGUAUUUCCUUCCACAAGUUGAGGUUGCAUCUCUGUUGAGCAUUAGUCUUGCAUUUGCUUGGCAAAAGGCUGUGAGGUUGUGGCCGAAGUUUAUGGUUCAUUUUAUCCUAUGGUGUUCCUUUGCAAUGUCCUUAUCAGCUGGAAUCCUGCUAGUUUGCUUUCAAAUGCCUGCCACAGAAGGUGUGGGAGUCUGUUUCCUUGUUUUUGCAAUUGGUAAUGGGUUAUACGCCUGCUGGGUUUCACAGAGAAUAGGGUUUUGUUCAAAGGUUUUUGUCAAAUCGCUUGAGCCUGUUUGCAAGAUCCCCGAUUUGAAUCAGCCAACCUAUUGGAUGCUUGGGGCUGGAUUUCUUUGGAUGUCUUUUUGGAUUUUGUCUGUCAUAGGAGCAUUGAACUUUUACUUUCCUCCUCUGACUAUAAUUGUUUUAGUUCUUAGCUUGCUUUGGACUGCUGAAGUGAUGAGAAAUGUUGCCAAUAUAACUGUUAGUAGGGUUAUCUCUCUGUAUUAUCUCAGAGGAAUGCAAAGCAAUACCCGAUUUUGUCUCCAAAGAGCCUUGACUAGAAACCUAGGAAGUGCGUCUCUUGGUUCUCUCUUUGUUCCUACCAUUGAAGCUCUCCGAAUUCUUGCUCGAGGUCUGAAUUUGCUUGAGGGGGAAGACGAGUUUAUGUUUUCUUGUGCUCAUUGUUGUCUUCACGUCAUGAACUCGAUCUUUCGACGCGGUAAUAGUUGGGCUUUUGUGCAGAUAGCUUCAUAUGGAAAAGAUUUCGUGCGAGCAUCACAAGAUACUUGGAAGCUCUUCGAGAUGACCGAUAUGGUACAGAUUGUUGACUCGGAUAUAACAAGCUCAAUUUGCUUCCUCACCGGAGUUUGUAGUGGCUGUAUUUGUGUCAUUGUUAUAGCUAGCUGGACUUUCACAGUUCAUCGUGGCUUCACGGCUACUAUUUCCUUGCUAAGCUUCAUAAUUGGAUACCUAAUGACAAGGAUUGCAAUGGCACUGCCCCAUGCUUGUGUGAGUUGUUAUUACGUAUGUUAUGCCGAAAAUCCUGAGAACCGACUCUUCGACGAUACUAUCAAGGAUCGUCAAGCCUUACUAAAGUCUAACCGAGAUGUAGUCAUGACGCCCCGAAUGCCACGCAGAAGCAGGACAUGAUCAUUCUCAUUGAAGCUAACUUAUUUCUGACCCCAAAAUGUUGCAUUCAGAAUAAACUUGGAAACACUACUACUCCCUCCAGCUUAAAAGGCCAUUGUUUCAAAUUGUAAAUAUGCAUUUUGAUCUUGGAAGGUCAAAUUUUUUGUAUUGUUAUUAGAUGCUCUUUUGGCCAUUGGAAGAAAAGAGAAAUGGAUGGAUUAUAAGGGAAUAUCAGAUUCUAUCCACAAGGGAAUAUCAGAGAGGGAAAAUAAAUUUGCACAUAAGCAUUUGGGAUAUCCCAUAGCAUAAAAGUAGGGCCCAUCGCUUUGUAUUGUUAGGUAAGAACCCACCAUUGUUUUAUUAUGGUAAGUGUAGUGUUUCUAUGUGUACAAUAUUUUGGUUGAGUACUUCUAAUAAAUUGAGUCUUAAAUGGAUAUUAUUCAAA